GCCAACUGAAUUAGCUAGGUCAAUCAAAUUAGCCAGGUUAACCGAAUUAGUCAGGUUAACCGAAUUAGCUAGGUCAACUGAAUUAGCUAGGUCAACUGAACUAGUUGGGUCAAUUAAGUUAAUCGAGUUAACUGAACCAACUGAAUUAACUGGAUCAACUGAAUUAUUCAGAAAAUAUAGUUCAGAUUGGUAA